UGUUUUUCAUUAGCCCUCAAUCUGCUUGUUUCUUGGAAAAGCUAGCCUAUAAAGAGACAGGCAUACUGUCUGGUCGCCAGAGACCUGUGAGCAGCGGCGUUAAACCAGACCUUCAAAACAGACUCAUUGUUGGAACCAAGGAUGGCAAACAGACCAGGCGUGAGUGUCAGACCCCUUGGAGGUUCAAGAUAUCUAGUUAUCUACGAGAUAGGUGCAGCUAAUCAGGAACCUACAUCUGCAGAAGCAACUGUCAACAGUUCCAGUGUAGUGAAGUUCAGAGCUAGAGUUGGGUCCCGUGAAUUUCAUCAUGUAUCGCAUCAAGAACCAGCAGGGAUAACGAUUAUAGAACAGAAAACCGUUCAUGGGGAAUACGUGGUGACUGUGGAAUGUCCGGUCGACCCUACUGACAAGUUCCAAUGAAUUUGAAAUCUACUUGUUAGUCAUUGGUCGAUUAUUGGAAUCAUGUGCACGCUGUAAUCGAUUGAUUUUGCCUUUUACAACAACCACUAGGACUACCGAAUAUUUCCAUGGAUUACUUGUUAGUUAGUUGUGGAUUACUAGAAUACACUGUAAUUUAUUGAUUUUACCUUUA